GCUAAACUGAUCUCAAAUUAUAAUUACCCUGUCGAGGAGCAUACAGUACACACCCCUGAUGAUUAUAUCCUAACCAUUUAUCGUAUACCCGAUUCACCGAAAUUAAAACAUCACAAUAAUACGGUCAAACCGGUGGUAUUUCUACAACAUGGUAUUUUAUGUGCCUCAGAUGAUUGGAUUAUUAAUGGUCCCGAAACUUCUCUAGCCUACAUGUUUGCCGAUCAAGGCUAUGAUGUUUGGCUAGGUAAUGCCCGCGGCAAUACCUACUCGCGCCAACACAAGCACAAACAUCCCGAUUCUUCGGAUUUCUGGAAUUUUAGUUGGCAUGAAAUUGGUGUUUACGAUUUAGCCGCCAUGUUGGAUUAUGUUCUGGAGGAAACGCAACAACCCUCAUUGCAUUUUGUGGCUCAUUCUCAGGGUACCACCACCUUCUUUGUGCUAAUGUCUUCCCUACCUUGGUAUAAUGAAAAAGUCCGAACUGUACAUUUGCUAGCUCCUAUAGCUUUCAUGAGAAAUCAUUCGUUUUUGCUAUCGAAAGUGGGGCGUUUAUUUUUGGGUUAUCCCUCGUUUAUGAGCAUGAUUUUGAGUGGUUUUGAGCUGUUGCCUACGACAAGUAUACAGAAAUUAUUCUGCGAAUACGUUUGUUCGCAUGAUUCGCUGAAGUUUUUAUGUUCGGGAAUUUUGGACUUUAUUGGCGGUUGGGGUACAAAGCAAUUAAAUCAUACGCUUUUGCCUCAUGUUUGUGAAACCCAUCCCGCCGGUGCCUCCACCACACAAAUCAUACACUAUCUACAGCUCUACACUUCCGGAGAUUUCAAACAAUUCGAUCAUGGCAUCGAUAUAAAUCUCAAGAAAUACAAUCAAGAGACCCCACCCCACUAUGAAGUGGGCAAUAUCAAAAGUUGUGUUAAUAUGUAUUACAGCAACAAUGAUUACAUGUCAGCAGUGGCAGAUGUUGAAUACUUGGCCACACUAUUACCCUGUGUGGAAUUGUAUCGUAUGCCCUAUGAUGAUUGGAAUCAUUAUGAUUUCCUAUGGUCCGUAAAUGUUAAAGAAGUCAUAAAUGAUCGGAUAAUAGAGAAAAUAGAAGCAUACGAACAGUCUCAUAGUCAUGGGCAAUUUUAUAGUUUUCUUGGACUUACCGAGAAAAAAUUUAAAAUUUAG